AUGGAGAAAAAUGAGGUUGCUGUUGCUAAAAAAGAGCCUAAUUAUAGAGGAGUCAAAGCAAUGCCUUUUGUUAUAGGCAAUGAGACAUUUGAGAAGCUGGGAACAAUGGGAACAUCUUCUAACAUGUUGGUGUACCUAAGUACAGUGUUCAACAUGAGCUCUAUUUCUGCCACUAAUCUCAUCAAUAUCUUCAAUGGAACUUGCAAUUUUGGAACAUUGUUUGGUGCCUUUCUCUCCGAUACUUAUCUAGGCCGAUAUAAGAUCCUCGGAAUUGCUUCAGUUUCCUCUUUCCUGGGGAUGCUAGUGCUAACACUGACAGCAGCAGUUUCGGCUCUACAUCCUCCUAAAUGUGGAGCAGAAGAGAGUAGCAAAUGUGUUUAUUUGUUCAAACUCGAAUAA